AUGCCCAACCCAUUAAUUGUCACCAUGUCGCCUUCGCCACUUCCACCGCUGCGCCGAGUUGUUACGACACACAAUACCCCAGGCCAAAGUAUCGUGGCUAGUGACACUGAACUCGCCUCGCAAAUAUUACCACACGGCCCCGGAUCGGUCACAGUCUGGUCCAGCGAAGUCAGUCCGGCCGACGUGGGUUCGUCCGAUGAUAAGGCCCUUUGUGAUCCCGGAUUUGUCAAUGGCGGCUCCAUAUUUCGGGUCGUGGAUUUGGCGCCCAAUUCGGUCAGCCCACUUCACCGUUCCAUUUCGCUGGACUACAUUAUUGUACAAAAAGGGUCAGUAGUUCUCACUUUAGAGGACGGAUCCAGGACGAAGCUUAAGAACGGGGACUUCGUUAUUCAGCGGGCUACCAUGCAUGGAUGGGACAACGAGACAGGUGAAUGGGCUCGAAUUCUUGCCAUCAUGCUGCCCGCAGAGGCGCCAAUUGUUGGUGGAAAGGAGUUACAGGCAGAUCUGGCUGCACUAUUUGGAACUGGUAGUUAA